GCCUAUGAACACCACACACUUCCGCUUCGCCAUGCAAAUAGACGUGCUGCACAUCGUGACGAUUGAAUCGAUAACGAUAGCUCGCUUCGCAUUUCUCAAACCACAGUAUACAGUAAUGUGUGAUAUGGCGACCGAGUUGGCCGAUAUGCGCGGCUCGUCUUGAGCCCGGAAACUUCCUCACACUUUGCGUUUCGCCGCGAACCCACUAGAUGGGGAUUUUCUCUCGUGACACCAUCACUGAUUUCGUGCGAAGGGGGGACCUCGACGGCGUGCGUCGUCGCUUGGACUUGGGCGACGACGUGAACGAGCGUCGAGGGUUCCACAACACGCCACUGAUCGAGGCCGCACGGUACAACGUCGUGGACAUCCUGGAGCUGCUCAUAGCGCGCGGAGCGGACCUCGAAUUGGCCAACUCGAACGACCUCACGGCGCUCCAUGCGGCGAUCGACGAGAAGAGAGAGGCUACAGCCUUAGCAUUGGCUCGACACGGAGCCUGUGCGAAUAACGUAGGGCUGUUUGGACGGACUCCCCUGCAAUGCGCAAUACUUCGGGAUAUGCUGGAGGUCACAGAGGUUCUUCUAGCUCAUGGCGCCGACCCGAUGGCAGAGAGCGACUCUGCUAAGAUCGCUAUGGACUACGUUCGCGCUGGACCGAAUUGUGAAGAAUUUGAGAAACUAUUAAACGCUUAUUCUUCUCUAAAGGGAGCGAUUGGAGCUAUGAACGCCGAGGCGAUAACAGUGUGCUUACGGGAGAGAUUAACGGGCGACAGAGCUGCCAAAGUGUCGAGUAUUGACGCAGCUAUUCAACUAAAACAUAGCGAGGCAGUGACAAUUAUUCUUCAAAUGUCUUUGGCUUCUGACACUUUGGUUGAGAUGGUGGAGAAGCACAAGGAAGUGGAGCGUGGAGUCGAGCAAACGGAUGAUUUAAAGUGGCGAGAAGAGCUGAGAAAUCUUGGUGAGGACUUUGGAAGGGGAGUGUUGGCACUAUUGAUGGACUCGGGGGAUGUGGUUCUAUUGAAGCAAUUAGUGGAAGACACGACGUCCAAGUGGAUACAAAAUCUACGGCUUAGUAAUGGAUGGACCCCGCUGCAUUUGGCUGCGUCACAGACCAAUUUCGCACUUGUACGGUACCUCCUUGUGGACUGUGGUUGCAACCCGUUACUACUGUCUUCCGAUUCCAAAACAGCGUUCGAUUUUGCUGUAGAAAUUGACAAAAACAGUAAAGUUUCAUGGUUACUGCGAGAACAUAUCAAGCAACGCGCGUUUUGGGAGCGCGCAACGCUGAUUUUGAGUGCUGGUAAAGUAACGGUGACGAGGCUACGCCAAUUGAUGGGACUGAUGACUAGUGUCUAUGAUCUACAUAUCAUUUUUGGCUUGGCGCUAAGAACGCUAAGCGCUGGUGAGAUGCACACUGUUCUCUCAGAAGUUUUUGAUGAGGUUAUUCGAGCGAAACUGAUAGUUGAUCACCAAGCGAUUACGUUCUUUCAACUCGCACUUCGAGAGUGUAGACGCGAGAACUUUAUUGCUGAGGUGGAGCAGAUGAAGUGGGAUCUCAAAGCGACUAAAGUGAAGAGAGAAACGUCAGUCUGGGAUCGAGAAAUCAAGCGAUCACUGCUCGAGGCGGCGUGUACUGUCAGGAAAGCUGAGAGGAACACUGCAUUGGUUCAUAAACAGUUUAACUUGCUACGAGAAGAAAUGAAGCUGAGCGCGAUCAAGCCGCAUACACGCCAGCGGUAUAUUUCUCGUCUUUCUGUGGCGCUGAUUUUGUGCGGUGGAGCGGCUUACAACUUGGGUGCAUUGUUCGAUAUCUGUGACCCAGCCAAACUCUUGACUGUGUUGAGUGCAGACGAUGUGGAGGAUUUCCUUGCCGAGACAACGAGCACUUUUGUUUUUAAGACUGGAGUCGAAGCAGUGCUGAUUCAUUCUGCUAUUGAUCCGAUUGAUUUCGCACUCGCUCUCCGAAAUAUAGUUAAGCAAGAACAAUCGGAGUGUAUAGAGACCAAACGUUCCGCAUGGGAACCAUGCGACCGCGAGAGCUUCGAUUCCACCGAAGACGUCCUGCAAGUACCGUAAGACUAGCAGUCUUGCUACCGGUACUAUUACGUCAAGUAUGUACAUUAUAGUGUUAGUUUUCCGUUGAACUACUAGUAAAUAGUAUUUAUGUUUAGCUUUGUCAUGUAUUGAAGUAUUAAUAACUUCUUGACUCAAGAUGCGAUAGUCUAUUGUGGACCUGGGUGUGCACUUAGCACGUUGGAAAAAAAUAUAGCGUCCGUUUC